AUGUCACCUUUGGAGUGUGCUCUGGGUUACCAACCCCCUCUGUCCAUGACCAUAUACGUCAUUGAGAUCGUACCUGAAGGAAGGCCCAGGCUGCCCUUCUUCGUGGCCUCCGCAAUGACCCAGUCCCAAGCCAAGCAUCUCUGUGCCUCAGCUCCAGUCUACACCCCAGGCCAAAAGAAUUUGGAUCGAUACAAGAAAAACAAGAAACAGUUCUACGACCAAGCCACAAAAUCCAAAGCUCUUGUAAAAGCGAGGAACACAGAGUCUGUGUGCAUCAACCUGCAGUCCCAGAUCCUCAACUGCUACAAGGAGAACCGGGAGCAGACACUGCAAUGCUCUGACCUGGCCAAAACGUACAUGCAGUGCAUUGACGCAGCCAAGAAGAACCUGCUGGUAAACCAUGGAUGAAGAGCAAUGGAGAACAGCAGUGGAAAAUGCUAAAACUCAUGUCCAGGAAUAGUUUUACUGAAGCACAAAAAUUGGCAGUUCUAAAUGUAGCACUCAUUCUUAUUUAGGGGCAGCGGGCUGCUUUGGUGUUAGCAUCAUGUCUUUUAUACAUUGUUUUAAGCAGACACUAUUGUACAUUUUUCAGGGUACAGUAGAUAUUUGAAAGAGGACUGACUAAAGGUUUUAAGUUGUAUAUACAGUACCGGUCAAAAGUUUGGACACACCUACUCAUUCAAGGGAUUUUCUUUAUUUUUUUACUAUGUUUUACAUUGUAGGAUAAUAGUGAAGACAUCAAAUCUAUUGUAACGAUCUUCAUCUGAGGAACAGGAAAGAUCGGAUCAAAACAGCGUGGUAAGUGUCCAUGUUAAUUUAAUAUCACUGAACACGAAAUACAAAAUAACCAAGUGAAACAACGAAAAUUUAAACAGUCCUGAAAGGUGACACAACACAAAAUGGGAAAUUACCCACAAACACCAGGUGGGAACAGGCUACCUAAGUAUGGUUCUCAAUCAGAGACAAUGAAAGACAGCUGCCUCUGAUUGGGAACCAUACCAGGCCAAACACAUAGAAAACAUAGAAAAAACCCAACUCCAUCUCACGCCCCGACCAAACCAAAAUAGAGACUAAAAAGGAACUAAGGUCAGGGCGUGCCAACUAUGAAAUAACACAUAUGGAAUCAUGUAAUAACCAAAAUAGUG